AUGGCGUCCCUUCUCACCCUCCAGACUCAACCGAACACCACCGACUACGUCGCCCUGACCUUCCUCUCCCUCGUCGGAGCCACGUUUCUCUCGCGCGGCAUCCUCUGGGACCAGCCAGACCCCUACAGGCAUCUCCUCUAUGAACGUCCUCAGUUAAAGCACGGCAAUGGCGCUGCUGCAAGCAAGAAUCAGCAGACGCGGAACAUCGCCCGGCGACUGGAAGAGACCAAUUCACCUAUCGUGGUCUUCUGGGGCUCUCAGUCUGGAACCGCAGAGUCCUUUGCUCACAGACUUGCUAGGGAGAUUACCCUGCGCUUCGGACAGAACACACUCACGGCGGACCUGAGUGACUAUGAUCCCGCUUCAGUUACCGAGAUUCCGUCGUCGAAGCUGGCUAUUUUCAUCCUCUCAACGUACGGCGAGGGAGAUCCUGCGGAUAACACAGUCGAGUUCUGGGACUGGCUAAACAGCAACGACCGGAAUACGGAGAAGAAGCAGAAGCAGUUUUCCGGGUUGCGGUACUUUGCUUUUGGGCUCGGCAACUCAAACUACAAGUUCUAUAACCGAGUUAUCGAUCGUGUUGUGGAGGUGCUUGAUGACCAUGGAGCCAAUGCGCUGCUUCCUGUGUCGAGGGCAAACGAUGCCACCGGCUCGACGCAGGAGGACUUUAUCUCGUGGAAGGAGACGCUGUUUGCCUUUUUCCGUGAGAGUCUAGGCUUCACGCAGUCGGAGCUUGUCUACCAGCCUACCAUCUCCAUCAAGACGGAUGAGGCCAUCGAUCCGUCUGCCCUUCACCGCGGCGAGCCACGACACUCGCCGAACCCGGUCCCCAUCCCCAUCUCGGGCAUUAGACAGCUUUUCGAGCCUAUCUCUGACAGACACUGUUUGCACAUCGACCUAGAUAUCUCCUCGACGCCCGAUGUGGUCUACAAGACCGGCGACCACCUCGCCGUCUGGCCGUCGAACCCCGACGAAGAAGUCGAUCUCCUCCUACACAUGCUCGGCCGCACCCACGAAGCCGAAACGCCCAUCUCAAUCGUCAGCAUCGAAGGCGCAGAUGUUGAGGACAUCUCAAAGAAAGUUCCCAGCCCAACAACCCUCCUCGUCCUCCUCCGCCACUACCUCGAAAUCACAGCCCAACUGCCCCGCGACAUCCUCGCAACCCUGGCCCCGUUCGCCCCUACAAACGAGGCAAAGACCUUCCUGACAGAACUGGCAAACAACAAGGAAUCCUACGCAGAAUUCACCCGCCGCAACCACCUCACACUUGCUCGAGUCCUCGCUGCCUCAUCCACCAACCAGCAGCAAUGGACCUCCCUCCCACUCACAUACAUCCUCGAAACCCUACCACCCCUCCAACCACGCUACUACUCCAUCUCCAGCAGCAGCGUCGUCUCACCACGAAAGAUCUCGCUUACAGUCCUCGUCCUCUCCACACCCCUACAAGACAACACCGCCGUCUCAAUCCCAGGCCUAACAUCAACAUACCUCCUCUCCCUCGCCGACAGCCCGCAAACCGAGUCCCUCAACUCCAUCCUCCCAACAUACACGAAUACCCUCCUCCCACCCACCACAGGCUCCUCAUCCCCACCACCCAAAAACGAGAAGACGAAAAAGAAAAUCCUCGCCCACCUCCGCCGCUCCCCCUUCAAACUCCCCCGCCUCCAAACAACACCCCUCCUUCUCAUCGCAGCCGGAACAGGCCUCGCCCCCUUCCGCGCCUUCCUCGCCGAGCGCCGCCAGCUCCUCAAGAUCGGCCGCGAGGUCGGCGACAUGCUCCUGUUCUUCGGAUGCCGGUCUCCACUCGAAGAUUACAUAUACAGAGACGAGCUGCAGGAGAUGGAAGGUGUAUUUGGCGGGAAACUUCGCAUCGUGACCGCGUUUUCGAGAUAUGGGCCGACGGGUGAGAGGGCGUAUGUCCAGGACCGGGUUUCGCAGUGGAAGACGCAGGUCAGGGAGAUGCUUGUUGCGGACAGGGGGAACUUGUAUAUUUGUGGAAGGGCGGGAAUGGCGAGGGAGGUUGAGAGACGAGUUACGGCGUUUUUGGCGGAGAUGGAGGGGGACUGGGGGGAGAGGGAGGCGGAGGAGUGGGUGAGGGGUUUGAAGAGGAGGAAUAAGUGGCAGGAGGAUGUUUGGGGGUGA